UGAAUAUCGAACCAACCUAAUGGUGUUGUGAUCAAGUAAACUUUUAAAAGCUGUUGUUCUUAUCUUCCUAAAAAUGGACAAGUUUUUAUUGAACAUUAAUAAGCAUUGUAGGGGUGAAAAUAAAGAGGAUGCACCACAAACUAGUGGCGGGGGUGUGACGAAGCGUAAGUGUCGUAAAUAUGACGAUAGUUAUUUGGAUUUUGGCUUUACAAUGACAGAUGUCAACAAUGAAGAGAGACCGCAGUGUGUACUGUGUUUGAAAGUUUUGGCACCAGAGUGCAUGCUUCCAAGUAAGCUAAAACGCCAUUUAGAAACCAAUCAUCGAAACAUGGAAGGUAAACCUCGCGACUUCUUUACCAGAAAGUUAAAAGAAUUAAAACAACAAAAAGGUACUUUUUCUCAGCAGGUGUCAAUACCAAGCAAUGCUUUGCUAGCAUCAUACAAGGUUGCAUAUAGAGUCGCGAAGUGUAAAAAGCCCCAUACCAUCACAGAACAACUAAUUCUACCGGCUGCUGUAGAUUUGGUGAACAUUAUGAUCGGUGAGUCUGCGGGGAAACUGCUUUCAAAGGUGCCUUUGUCUAACAAUACUAUCAGUCGCAGAAUCCUGCACAUGGCGGAGGAUCUCAAUGAU